CCGUGGGAACCCAGCACGUGAUGAAGUCCUGCAGGCCGCAUUCAUCAGAGGACCCUGACUGCCGGCGCACAACAAUGUGUCUGUGGGUCCCUGCUGUUUAAUCCCACUGCGGCCUCCUGCAGGCAGAAAAUCACUAACACGGGUUUGCAGGGAAAAAAAUCCACAAUAAUUAAUCGAAUGGUCCAGACGGAGAAAAAUGUGAAGUUUAAAAUAAAAAAAAAUAUUUGUUUUGCAUCUCUUCAUCCACACGGGGCCCUCAGGCAGCCAAAGGACUAAACACGGAGCAUCCUCACCGGUCAUGAAUCUAUACUUUAAAGUGGUUGCCCUCACGAGUGGGAGUGCCUUAAGUUGUGUUUCUUUCUUUUUUUUUUCUUCCUUUGCUCGUUUUCUGUCUUACGACAGCCUUCUGCCAUGAGGACAGCGCAGCUGCUGGUGGCGCAGCACAAAGCUUCCGCGCACUCCGAGCGCGCAGAGGAGAGAUAGGACAGCGAGGAGGAGGAGGAGGGAGGCGGUGCUGCACGGACAACUGCGUCCCAUUCCUAAAGCAAACAUCUUUACACCCUUCAACGCAGACUGUCGCUCCCGCAUUCGGUCGAUCACUCGCGCUGUCACUGACUUCGGAGCGGGAGCUGCGCGAACAGAGCUUUCGGGCCUCCAAGGAUGGACUCCAUACCCGCCGGACGAGACUCCAAUUCCUCACCAAACUCCAAAGAACUUUCAUAUCCAUCUGCAAACUUGAAGCCCAACCAGGUCGGAGAGACAAUUCUGUACGGAAUACCCAUCGUGUCUUUGGUGAUUGAUGGCCAGGAGCGGCUUUGCCUUGCACAAAUAUCAAACACCUUGUUGAAGAAUUACAGUUACAACGAGAUUCAUAACCGGCGCGUGGCGCUGGGCAUCACCUGCGUGCAGUGCACCCCCGUGCAGCUGGAGAUCCUGCGCAGGGCCGGAGCGAUGCCAAUCUCCUCCAGGCGCUGCGGAAUGAUCACAAAACGCGAAGCCGAGAGACUUUGUAAGUCGUUCCUGGGGGCCCACUCGCCUCCCAAACUUCCAGAAAAUUUUGCCUUUGACGUGUCCCACGAGUGCGCCUGGGGGAGUCGUGGCAGCUUCAUCCCGGCCCGAUACAACAGCUCCAGGGCCAAGUGCAUCAAGUGCUCCUACUGCAACAUGUAUUUCUCCCCUAACAAGUUCAUAUUUCACUCCCACCGCACGCCGGAGUCCAAGUACACGCAGCCGGACGCCGCCAACUUUAAUUCUUGGAGACGACAUCUCAAAUUAACAGACAAAAGCUCUUCCACCGAUAUAUUACACGCGUGGGAGGAUGUGAAGGCCAUGUUCAACGGGGGUAGUCGCAAGAGAACGAUGCCGGGGGGUGGCUCGGAGUCCAGCUCCCCCUUAAAGUCACAAGGCCCCAACCACCCGCGUGACUCACCUGAGGUGCCCGUAAAGAUCCUGAGCCGCGAGGACACGCGGGGUGCUAUGACGAGCACGCGCAGUUACCCGGUCAUCCCGGUACCCAGUAAAAGCUUUGGGAUGUUGCAGAAGAUCCCCCCGCCUCUCUUCCCUCAUCCAUACGGCUUUCCGGCGUUCGGCCUGUGCCAGAAGAAGGAAGAUGGCAUGAUGGGAGAGCAGAGCAAAGCCGGUCUGCCCGGGGUCCUGUGGCCUGGUACCAAGGACAGCGCCUAUCACUCCUUCCCCAUGUUCUGGCCCGCGGCCGGCCCGCUCCCCAUGCCCCCGUACCCACAAACUGCACACAAGCCCCCACCGGAGUUGCUCUGUCCCCCCCGGCCCGCAGACGUGGACAUUUCUGAGAGCAGCGACCGCAGCACCAACACGUCCAAGGACAGCAUGGUGGACAACGACCGCUGCUCCAGCACGCAGUCCACCCGUAACGAAGACGACAAGUCCGGGGAUGAGGGGAGGCCGGUGGAGGGGGUCACCCUCCCGCCGAGAAAAAUCAGCUACGUGUCCGCAUUCAGGCCCGUCAUCAAAGACACCGAGUGCAUCGCCAAACUGUACGGAAACAGGAGCGCCUACAACGGUUAUUUGUCGCCCGACUUCUUGAGCGAGAGCUCGAGCUACCGGUCGGCGUCUCCGUGCGUGGACAGCGACGGGGAGCCGGAUGUGGACGUGGAGACCAACAAAACUCCAGAGGAGGAGGAGGAAGAGGAGGAGAACUCGCGGCUUUUGUCUGCGGCGUGUCCUCGGACUCCUCCAGUGGCGCACGGUGCGGACUCAGACUCCAGAGGUGCGCAGCAGGAGGGCCAGGGGGAGAUCGUGGCCCCCUCCUCUGACCGAGAAGUGCAGAACAAACACUUGACAGAGCGCCUCAUACCUGCACCCUUCUCAGCAGUUUUUACGCCGGAGAGGGUUGAGCUGCAACAAAGGAGCAGUCCCUAUCAGUUCAGACCCACGAGUUACCUGACGGCUGUUCUGACGACAAAUGAUGAGAGUGCAAGUAAAGAGGAGCCGUCUUCCACAGUGGAGGAGGUGGAAACGAAAGCUUUUAAUGGACAAAGCCUCGAGGAGAACCACCGAGACACAGAUGAAGGCAAAGACGCUCCUGUCAGAGUUCUCUCAGCACAAAGAGACAUCCAAAAUCUGGCAAAAGAGGAGCUACAGAAGCAGCUGAUAGAGCAAGUUGAGCUGAGGAAAAAAUUGGAGCGUGAAUUUCAGAGUUUAAAAGAUAACUUCCAGGAUCAAAUGAAAAGAGAACUUUCUUACAGAGAGGAGAUGGUUCAGCAGCUUCACAUCGUUAGAGAAGCUCACGACGCUUUACACCAUUUCUCCUGUAAGAUGCUAACUCCCCGACACUGCACAGGAUCCUGCUCCUACAAGUCCCCGCUGCUCCCACCAUGAGGCGCGCGUGCGUCUGCUGCAGCUGAGAGAGCGCACGCGGGCAGCUCCAGAGCCCGGAAAGUGAGAAACCUUCGCGUGAACUCUGAGCAAACGAACUGGAAAAAGAACGAUUGUGUAAUUAGUUGUAAUAUUUAAAAAAGAAACGUAUUUUCACCACAUUUAUGAACCCAUCUACAUAGUAUACGUUUGUUUUACUAAUAUUAUGCCAUGUACUAUUUAUUUUUUGUGGCAAAGUGCAAUGACAAUGUAUUUUGUAUGUAUUUAGUGUUUUGUUGAUUUUAUUUUUGUCAACACCAGUUUUGACCAUCCAAAUCAUUGCACCUUAUUUUCUCAGUGUUGGAAAUUAAACUAUUUAUUUAUGUAUUUGUUUAUUUAUUUAUGACCAUUUUUUUUGUUUGUUUUAAUGCAGACAAGUAGCUGACAUUGUAUGUUAAGCACUUUAAGCAAAUGGAUGGAAAUCACUAAACAUUAUGAAAAAACUUUAUUGACCAUUCAUUUGUUGGAGUUAGACGUAUUUGAUUGAGUCAGACUGCAUCAACACAGAUGUGGGAGGCUAAUUUAAUCCAUCUGUAGUCUUCUAACGAGUAGCAACACAUUCUAUUUAAAUUGGCUAAUUUGUUCCUGUUCUGUUUGUUUCCAUUGCCAAUAAAUAAAUGACAUUUUAUUGAAAAAAUAAUAAUUUAUCUUUCUUUUUUAUUAGAGCAAUCGUUGUAUCCAUGAAAAUA